AUGGGAAAGUCUUACCCAACCGUGAGCGCGGAAUACCAGAAGGCCGUUGAGAAGGCCAGGAGAAAGCUUAGAGGCUUCAUUGCCGAUAAGAAAUGCGCUCCUCUAAUGCUCCGUUUGGCAUGGCACUCUGCUGGUACCUACGACGUGAGCACGAAGACUGGUGGCCCCUUUGGAACCAUCAAGCAUCCUUCAGAGCUCGCGCACGGUGCCAACAACGGUCUUGAUAUCGCCGUUAGGCUUUUGGAGCCUCUUAAGGCGGAGUUCCCUAUCUUGAGCCAUGCAGAUUUCUACCAGUUGGCUGGAGUUGUUGCAGUUGAGGUAACUGGUGGACCUGAAAUUCCUUUCCACCCUGGGAGAGAGGACAAGCCCGAGCCACCCCCAGAGGGUCGCUUGCCUGAUGCGACCAAGGGAUCUGAUCACUUGAGGGAUGUGUUCGGCAAGGCUAUGGGACUUAGUGAUCAAGAUAUUGUUGCUCUGUCCGGUGGUCACACACUUGGAUCGGCACACAAGGAGCGUUCUGGAUUUGAGGGCCCCUGGACCUCAAACCCUCAUGUUUUUGAUAACUCAUACUUUAAGGAGUUGUUGAGUGGUGAGAAGGAAGGCCUCCUUCAGCUGCCUUCUGACAAGGCACUUUUGUCUGACCCUGUAUUCCGCCCUCUGGUUGAAAAAUAUGCUGCUGACGAAGAUGCCUUCUUCGCUGAUUACGCCGUGGCUCACCAAAAGCUUUCCGAGCUUGGGUAA